AUGCCGUGCCGCUGGUCUGACUCGUACUGCCACCCCUUAUACACGCUUAACACGAUGCGCUCAAAGCGUCGGGAUUCCACCUUCACACCAGCCAAAGAGCCGCUCGCAUCCCGUGAAUAUGGCCUCAAAAAUUUCAGACCUUGGAGCAUCAGGCGUGGCUCCAUAGCGGAAAUACUUGCUGGAAACUCGAACUGGCACCGCAGCAGCAAGCUCGAGGAAAGAAGGUUUCGUAUACCGCCCCCUCGUGCAUCUGAAACAUAG